UGAUGAGCGGAUCAGCUGUAUGAAGCCGGAUCUUCACAUAUCUUUCAAUUUUGGUGUUCUAGGGAAUCAGGAGGACCAGUAUAUGCAACUGAGGAAGUUGUUUCGGGAACGACUUUCAAAAUUUCUGAGUUCCUAUCUAGAGAUUGAUGAUGUUCCAAAGGAUUUGCUGCCGAAUCCAUUCAAUUUCCGAAGUAAAGAUCUUGUCGCAAAAUCCAACUUGCUAUCUUCUAUCGAGACAUCGAUUAAGCAAUUGGCCCCUGAACAACCGAUGCAAUCAAUAGAAGGGACUUCUGUUAACCACCAUUUAGAAGAAAUUCGAGGUUUUCGAGCUGUUAAAUCUACCACUGGCUCGAGUAAGCAGAAGGAAUUCACGGGGUUAUCUCAUUUCUCACCAUCUUUUAGGUGGUGUUUCUCUUGUAAAGUUGUUGAUAAAUCAAUAUAUUAAAAAAAUCAAUAUUUAAAUCAAAUUCGAAAAUAUUUAAUUGUAAAUAUCUGUUCCACUAUGUAUAUUUUUUUAAUCUUUUGUUCCCAA